UUUUGUGCUAUCUUAUGAAAGUUAAUAUGAAUAUUAUACUUGUUCUUGUGGAUGUGAUACUAUAUAAUCACUUAUUGAUAAUUGGCAUGUUAUAUCCUUAAUAGACUAAUAAUAAGAUACAAAAUAAGUUCCAAGCUCAGCAAACACCCAGGAGAGGGAAGUAAAACUGAAAAUCAUGUACAUAUGUGCAUUUUUACCUAAAAGUACCAGUAAUUUACUAUUAGAGGAUCGGUGAUGAUCUUGAUUUAAAUUUUUAACUAUUGAACACCAGUUUCUGGCCAAUUGAGCUAUAAGAAGUGGGAUUUUCUGCAGAUCAACAUCAAGUGACGGUACAGGGUCCAGCUAAACUUGAUCCAAAAACGGACCUUCUCAGUGGAGAGGACUACAGCUCUCCUAAAGGCAGAGACUUCACUAGCACUAGUGCCUGUUGGACACCCACAGUCAACUGCAUCUCAGUCACAGCAGAAUGCACUUGUUCUUUUCGAUGUGUUUUUGGACAGUAACAACAAGCCCAAUACUAUCAAUACCCAGAGUGGCUAUCCAACUACACAAAGCAAUCCUUCUACUCCUCAAUUCCAACAGCAGCAGAAUCUGCAAGCUCCACAACUUGGGGUUUAUGCUAAUGGCAACAUGCCAAACACGGGAUCGAACGAGCAUGAUCAAUCACCUUUUUCUCAAAGCUCUGUUCCUGUUUGGAAUGGCCAUAUUGCGCAGCAGCAACAGCCUCCCUCUCCUGUCUAUGGUGCACUUCUGCUUCUUCGUGCUCAAACUAGUGAUUCGCUACCACCACCCCCUUGGGAAGCUCAGUCAGUGGAAAACAGUCAGGUGAUGGGCACUCAGUACCCCCAACAAAUGCAAGGUUCACAGGUGGUCGUCCUGCAUGCACAACCUGCACUGAAUGGAUUGCAUCUCCAGGCACCUUAUCCAAUGGGGAAUGAGCAAGCGAUGGGCAUGUACUUGCAACCAGUCGCAGGUGGCCACAUGCCAUUGCUGAAUAGCCAGGUUGUUCCCAUAAACCAAAUGGUAGGACUUACCACCUCAGCCCAUCCAAGGAGGUCCUUAUAUGGGAUGGUUCCUCAGCCAAUGCAAGUAGGUCAGAUGGCUUAUUUAUAUCCCCAGCAAAUGUAUGGCAGCCAGGUGGCAGCCUAUGGCUAUGGCCAACAAGGUGCUCAGUACCUUGACCAGCGGAUGUAUGGGCUAUCGGUUAGAGAUGACAGUAGCUUAAGGAACUCUUCAUACCAGGUGUCCACUUCAUCAUAUGUGCUGCCCAUGAAGCCUUCGAAGCCAGAGGACAAGCUAUUUGGAGAUCUCGUUGAUAUGGCUAAAGUGAAAUCGUCUGCAAAAUCUACUCCAGGCAGAGCUGGUAGCAUGUAGCAGUAGUAUUUGCCAACAAUGUUUUGCUUGUUAAGCUGAUUUCUUUUGAUUUUCUUAUUUCAAAAUUUUCUGUUAUACAUAUUUGGCAGUUUCUUCUGUUUGUGGCCGUGUAUUGACACUACUUGUUUGGCAUUGAGAUCAUGUACAUUCUUUGUAAAGGGAAAGAAAAGGAAAUCUCCUCGACCUUUUAUCUCUUAUCGGGGCAGAACUGUUAAUAAGUGC